CCUAAAAGGGCAUUGUGUAGUUGUGCGAGUGCAGAUAUGCCUCUGUGCGCUUUUGUAUCGGCGUCGGAGGCGGUGGCUUCAUGAGUUGCUUCGCAGAUCGGCGGCCGCUUUCUCCUCCCCUUCCCUUCCCUUAAGCCGCCACUCGUCGGAGCUCACCACACUAGAAUUAACUGUCUUGAGUUCGCGUCCGUUUGUCACGGGUGGCCUUUGGAGCAACGGGAGGUGCGCGCGAGUACGCGCACUCAGAGCCCUCUGACGGGCUGCGGACAGGCGGGCCGGCGCUCGCUCCAGACAGGGCUGCUGCUUCCUGAGGACGGCAAUGGUAGUUGCGGAAACGGCUGACGAGAAUGCCACGAACCUCAUUUUGGGAGGAAUCAAGUGUUUGUAAUAUGAUGAAAGAAGAUGGAAAACAAUAUUGUCAAUCCCUACAAAACAUUUUAACCUGACACCAUACAAUAGUCCCUUAACAUCAUAAAUGGUGUAUAUUAAAUCAGAGAAAAAUGGGAACACUGCUUCUUCUACAAAUACUUAAUGGAAAGAUCUGCAAAAGAGUAUUACAACUGUCUUGCAUCAAAUUUGGAAAACAUGUAUACAUUUAUUUGUUGAGCUAAAUUUCAGUUCACAUAUAAUACACUAGAUCCUAAGUAGAAUAAAAAGAGAGCUUUUGUGGAUACUUGUAUUGAACAUGACUCAUGGAGAAGAUCUUGUCUCUGAGAUGCACCAGGAUUCCAUUGUUCUAACUUACUUAGAGGGAUUACUAAUGCAUCAGACAGCCGGAGGUUCGGGUUCUGUCAUUGACAAAAAGCCUACUAGUAAUGCUGAAGAUCAGAAUUUCAGCGUUUCUGGAAAUGCAUCUCCUAGCUGUCAGAGAGAUGGUGUUCCCAACACACAUACAUAUAGAAGUUCUGGCAUGUUGCAUCAUAAAAAGGCAAGAUUGCUACAGUCUUCUGAAGACUGGAAUGCUGAAAACAAAGGACGAUUGUCUGAUUCUUUUGUGGAUAUAAAUGAGAAAAAAGAAGCGUUGUUGGCUGGCAUGGUUGAAAAUGUGCCUAAAAGCAAGCAAGAUAGCACAUUGCUGGCUUCCUUACUACAGUCAUUUAGCUCUAGGUUGCAGAGUGUUGCUUUGUCGCAACAAAUUAGGCAGAGCCUUAAAGAGCAAGGAUAUUCGCUCAGCAAUGAUUCCUCGCAGGUAGAGAAAGACUUGAGGUGCUAUGGUGUUGCAUCCAGUCACUUGAAGACUUUGCUGAAAAAAAACAAAUUGAAAGAUGAAAAACUGGAGACUGGUCUGCCAGAGCUAACAACAAACCUAGUUCAAGAUCGGUUUAAAGAAUCUACACAUUCAGGACAGAGUGGUUCAAAAGCAAUGAAUGAAUCACUUUCUUGUGCUGCAAGACUACAAGCUGUUGCAAACAUGGUAGAGAAAAGAUCUAGUCCUGCUGCAUCACCUAAGCCAAGUGUUGCCUGCAGCCAACUUGCUUUGCUUCUUUCAAGUGAAGCACAUUUGCAGCAAUAUUCCAGGGAACAUGCUCUAAAAGCACAAAAUGCCAAUCAAAUCGCAAGUGAGAGACUUUCUGCUAUGGCAAAACUAAAAGAAACUGUUCCUCCAAAAGAUGUUGGUCGUUUUAAACUAUCAAAAGGAAUGGAAAGCCAUUUGAAUGGUCAGGCAAGAUGUUCAAACAAAACAACAACCAAUAAAAGCAAUACCACAAAUUUUCAGAGUCAUAUGGGCAUAAUUCAUUCAUCUCCAAAAAUUACAAACUAUAAAACAUCAGAAAAAGGUCAUAUGAAACCACCUACUAACAGUAGUUUGCUUUUGCACCUCCUGAAAAAUCAUAGUACUAUUAAGCAGAACAAACAAUAUGAACAAAAUGACAGGUCCAGCAUUUUUGAGGAAAGCAGUACACCAACUACUGUUGAUGAAUACUCUGACAACAACCCAAGUUUUACAGAAGAUGAUAGCAGUGAUGAUGAGAGUUCCCAUUCAAAUUGUCUUCCUAUAGAUUUGUCUUUCAAACAAAAAACAAAUACUCAAGAUUCAGGGCAGACAACUUCUCUAGACAAUUUAACUCAAUCGUUGUUUCAUAGUUGGGAAUCAAAAGUCCCAUCUCUGGAAAACAUAGAAGAAAAAGAUACUUCUAAAAAUACAAAAUUGAAUCCACACCAAAAAGUAACUUUACUGCAAUUGCUACUUGGUCAUAAGGAAGAAGAAAACUCACCAAAAGUUAAAGAAACAGAAGGAACAUUAGUUCCAGCUGAUGUGGCGAAAUUUAAUUUUUCAAUGACUAACAGAACUCCUAUUACUGACUCUUCUAAUACUAAUCGAAUAAUUCCAGUACAUACUCCUCCUUUGCAAACUUCUGCAAAAGCAGAUUCACCUAUCAACCUUUCACACAAUUCUCCUUUAAUGAUAAAAUGUAAUUCACCACCAUAUACUUGCAUCAUACAGCCCGAGAGACUAUCUAAUCCAGCUUCUAAACACUUGAUAGAUCUUACUAUUCACAAAGAACUUCAUGGAAGUAAACAAAAUAAAAAAGAAACUUUACAAACACCUUCAUCUUUCAGCGCAAGUAAACUAUUGCAAAACUUAGCUCAAUGUGGGAUGCAGUCUUCCAUGUCAGGGGAUAACCAAAGACAAGCAAGCAAACAACUAAUGACUCUUAACACUGAGAAACCAGUAGCAUUGAUAGAUGGACUAAAUACCUCCCUGCUUCAUAACACAUCAUGUACACUUGAAAAAAACAGAAUUCUCACUAAUCAGUUUCUCCCAGAACAAAAACUUCCCAAUUCAGAAAUCCAAAAUCUGCUAGAACGACGCACUGUGCUCCAGUUACUUCUGGGAACCACCAACAAAAAUAUGAAUGAAACAAAGGAAAAAAUGUUUUUAAAAGAAGAGAAUUUACAAGAUCCAACAGAAAAAGUUUUGAAUGAACAAAUACUAACUGUAAAAAUAAAAGCUGAGCCUUCUGAGGAAGAAUCCAGUGCCCUUCAGAAUUCAAAUGCUCAACAAAUAAUUGAAAAUGUUAAUAAGAAAUUUCCAGAAACAACUCAUUCUUUAGAGAGAAAUAUAGCUAUUUCUCCAGCAUCAGAAGAAUUUCAGUCCCAGUCUCUUACAUCUCAAGACUUUUCCUUUUCGAAGAAUGGACUUCUAAGUCGAUUACUGAGACAGAGUCAAGAUGGCUGCUCUGCAGAUAACCUGGAUAGGAGAAACCAUGAACAGAGUUUUGUGGAAUCAAAAAGUCACAGUAUGCUCCCGAAAAAGAGAAAAUUGCAUUCUGAUUCUUUAGAAGGUCCUUUAAAAAUACUAAAAAGUAAUAAAGGUAAAAUACCUGAUGUCACAAUCAAUCACAAAACUACUGCAGAUGCUUUGUAUGGCAGUUGUCUUAACCAAAAAGAAUCUAAGUUCAUCAAAACUGAUUUUGAAAUAAAAUAUUCUUCAGGUUAUGUGUCAAAUAAUGAAAGUGAAAACAGAAGUUGGUCUACAGAAAGUAAAGGAUUUAAUGUGCUAAAGCAACUGCUUCUAUCAGAAAAUUGUGAAAAAGAUAUGUCUCAGCAUAGAAAUAAUUUAUCAGUAAUGGAUGGCAAAAAGAAAGGAAGCAAACAUAACCUAUCAAAUAAUGACAAGGCUGAAUUCAGUGUUUCUCCUAUGCAUACUCUCAUAGGGAACCCGGGGCAACCAAGCAAUUGCUUGGACUACCAGACAUUUCAAUAUUCAGUUGCUAUGAAGAGUCCUGCCAGUUCUCCCUUCACUGAACAUUUGGGAGGCACAGUAUCAUCAAAGCCAGAAUGUGACCAGUUUAGCAUUUGCCAUGUACCUAAUGAAAGGGGACCUCUAAAAUGGGUCAUCACUGAUUCUGACAAAAAUGAUCUUGAGAGAGACUCCCCAAGACUGACCCAAACUAAUCCAAUAUUGUAUUAUAUGUUACAAAAGGGGGGGAACCCUAUUAGUAUUCAGGAAGCCCAUAGCAAAGAUGCUUGGAGAGAUAAAUCAUUUAUGGAAAAUUCAUCUUCUGUCACAAUGAAGAAAGAGUUGUCUCCUGUCACAGAAUGUAAAACAUUUCCUAAUAGAAGAAAUGCAUACAUUAGCCAUUCAAAUAAUAUGUCCAUUCAACACAAUGGAGAAGUAUAUGGACUCUUAGAAAAGGUAUUAACAAUAAAAAAAGAACCUGAGUAGGUUAAAAUCUUACAAAGUGUUUACAAUCAGGUUUGAAUAUUUUCUUUGAAUAAAAUAAUGUAAAUCUAGCAUGAUUUGAGAAGAGCAUGGUAUAGCUAUGGUUUUGUUUGAUGAAUUUUUUUUGCUGAUAUUUAAGAUGCAUACAGCUUUUGUUCUUUAUUUUUGCUUUACUAGAAAUUUACUAGAAAUUUAUCACAAUACAUGUCAUCAGGACUUGUUAAUUAUAUAAAUGUCCAUGAGUAAUUUGCAGCUGGAUUGUACUCAGUGAGUAACUGCUAUUACUGUCCUUGCACAUAAGUAUUUGCUUAUGGAAAUCCAUACUAUUUUCCUUAAAUGUUUCAAAACCACGAAAGUGAUAAAUCACAGACAUUUCAAAAAGCUGUAUGUGAUUUGUACACAUGGCAAACAGAAUAAAUCAUAUGAGCAGAUUUAUUUACAUGUAUCUGGGCGAGUGUAGGAAUAAGUAUAGAGACAAAAGCAACUGUAGUAAGAUACAUAAAAGAAGAUUUUUUGUGAGAUACUGGUGUUACUCAUACAAUGCAGUAUCAUUUAAAUAUUGCAUCAUUCAACAUUGUAUAUUUUCUCUUCUCUCACAACUGGGCUACCAUCAUCUUGUAUUGUCUGUUCAUUUAUAAAAUGUGAAGAAUAUUUUUAUAUAUAUAAAUGGAUCAUCAUCCAGGCCAAGUCAUUUAUUUGUUGUUUUUGUAAUACUUAAUCAGUAUUAACUAGAGAAUUGUACACAAUGAAAUUUCUAGUGCUUCCAAAUAGCGUGUAAUUUGAAUUUGCAUAAUUGGACAGAACCACAAGAAAUACUGUCCUUUUUUUGGUUGCCUUUCCUAGACACUCGGCUUCAAUAAAUUAAAUCUAGGUUGUGACUUUAAAAAAUAAUGAAGCUGAAUCAUAAAUUACUGGCAGGAAAAGAUAAAUCUCUUUCACUACUUUUAAUUGUUUAUUUAUUUACAUUUAUUCAAAUUUUCCAGGGAAAUUAACAUGAAGUUGAAAGAUUCUAGACUCAUGCUUAAAAAAAGAAAAAAAUAUGACAGUCAAUCUAACAUUGUGAUCUAUUUUCACUAAUUCAUAUAUAUAAAAGAUUUAUAUAGCUAAGAUGAAAGAUGUAUAAAUUAUCAAAUGAUCUAAACGAGCUCACGAUCAUUUUUAAACUUUUUCUAUCCUAGCAAUAAGAAAGGAAUUAUAAAUUGGAAGAACUGAAUGAUUUUAAUAUUUAAAUGCCUUAAAAUAAAUAAACUCUACAUUUGACUGCAGAACUGGAAAAUAUAAAGUAAAUAAACUAAGCAUCUACUAGUGUGAAAGAUGUUAUUUUAUUGAUUCAUGGAAUUCCAGAUGCCUAGAGGGGAAAGUGGCAAGAAACAUCAUUAAUAAAUGUAUUAUGUUCAAAAUUGUUGGUUUAAUUUAUCCCAUUAGACAUGAAAUACAUGUUAAACACAUUACAAAGCUAAAUAAAAAUAAUUUUUAAAUUUAGAUUAGUUCCAAUGAAAUCACGGAUUAUUUAAAAUUUUCUAUAAUUAUAAUUUUGAAGUAUCAAGGUUAAUGGUACUUUUAUAUAUAAUUUUCUGCAUUUCUUUUCAAACACAUUACUUGGUAACACCUUUUAUUGUGAUUAAAUCCAGAUCAAUUCAAGUCUUCCACAGAUUUGGGUAAAAUUGUAUUUGACAAAAAGCCAAAUCUAGUACAGCUCAGCUCAGCAGGUUCAGCUAUAUUGAAAAUAUGCAUGUAUUAGUUAUUAUUGGCAGACUAAACUUUUAUAUAAACAGAUACAUAUCAUUGGAGAGUAAAUGAGAAGGCUACUCUAAUUGAAAAUACAGAAAUUUAUUUCCACAAUAACUAGUAUGCCAUCAAAUGAAUUACGAAUAAAAUGUAAAUAGCAUAACAUCCUUCAAUUGUUUCCCAGAAACUGCCAUUAUUCCUUGAGAAGUUAGCAUAAUAUCCAGGUGCCAUCAGUAACUUAAAUUUCAUAAUUUCACUUAAUUCUUAUUACAGCUAUUACAUGACCCAUAGCAAUAGCAACAAAUUAUGAGUCUUGCGUAAAUUCUUAUGUGUAAUAUUGAAGCUCAAGUCUUAUGUUCAUUAUUGGUGCAAAAAAACCCAAUCAAAUUAAAUUGAACUUUUUGUUUAGUGGUGUGUGCAAAACAUGGACAAUGUGUUUUGUUUUUAAAUGGAACAAACAUUGUUCCUUGGAAGUUCUGCUGGUGACUGUGAUUCAGCAGAACUGAAACCCAGAUAUUUUGGUUAUUGUGAUUUCAUCAAGACUGAAGUCUGGAAGUCACUUACAAGAGGAAUAGUGUAAUAAUGUUCCUUGCUCUUUUCUCCUUUAUCUUCUACAUGGCCUGUACAGCAAGUCAUUUAUCAAUCUUCCCUAUGCCAUUUUUUCUCUACUUCCCAUUACACUAUGCUUGAAGGAAAGUACAUCAGCAGCAUUUAAAGAGAGCUAAUGAAUGGAUGAUCUGGGAAGAUUCAGAGGGUGGGUGUACUAAAUGAAUAAGCAGAGUUGAACUCAAGAAUAUUGGUCUAGAGAGAUUCUCAGUCAUCAUGAUUGUCCCAAAAGGGCAACUGAACUUCGUUUUUCCUUGAAGAUGUUUCCUUGAAGAUUUAAAGAAAUGUCUUGGAUGAGAAGCAAAACUUCAAGAAAGAACAAAGUCCAGUUGCCUUUUGAAAAGGCACCUUUGGGUCAAGGAUAUUGGCAACAGCAGUGUCCCUGCCUAUUUACUCUGUAUUCCCAAUCCCUUCCUUUAUAUGUUCUAGCUAUUUUCCUCAAUGUCUUUUGCUUUUGCCCAAUGGCUCUUCCCUCCCACUUUCAAGAACCCAUAUUUUGGUCUAAGAGGAACAUAAACAACCAAAAAUGUGCAUGAAAUUGAAAUUGAUUUGCAAGUUUCAAUAGACAUGUAUUAGUGCACUAUUGUAGUGCAAUCUUAUAAUGUAUUCUC